AUGGAGAACCCUCUGGUCGCAAGCAUGGCAGUGACCGCACGCCUGGCAGCGCUGACGGACGCCACACAACGCCUCUUCUUCGCCUCAGUGUGCACGGGAUGGAGCAAUGCGUGGAAGCAACACCUCCUGUUAGCGACCUCGACUACUGACCCGAAACAACAGCCGUCUCGUGUUGACAACAACAGCGGGUCUGCUAGGGAUGGCAGCGCUCGUGUUGACAACAACAACGGAUCUGCCAGAAAUGGCAGUGCGGUGGCUACUGCCACUUCCGUUUCAUACAACAGUGGUUUCGGCAAUCACUUUUCGACGGAGGCGCUCCCGGGUGCACUGCCUGCAGGGCAGAACAACCCCAAGAGAUGCCCCUACGGCCUGUACGCGGAGCAAAUAUCGGGCACAGCCUUCACGGCGCCUCGCGCGAGAAACAGAAGAACAUGGUGCUACAGGAUCCGCCCCUCCGUUUCACACCGACCCUUCCAGUCCGUCGCUGCGAACCCGUUCGAGAAUGACUUUAUUGCCAUGAAAAACGACCCGUCGCAGAUGCGUUGGUCACCACUCCCGAUUCCUUCGAGGGUAAAACAAAAAAUGCGGGUGGACUUCAUCGAGGGCAUUUCAACCAUGGGCGGGGUGGGUGACCCGGCGGCAAAGAGCGGGCUCGGGAUCUACCUGUACGCGAUGAACUCUGACAUGGGCGACAAAGCGUUCUACAACGCGGACGGGGAGAUGCUCCUGGUGCCUCAGCAAGGAUCUCUCCGUGUGAAAACAGAGAUGGGCAUCCUGCUGGUAGUCCCCAAUGAAAUUCUGGUGAUUCCCCGCGGUGUGAAAUUUAGUGUGGAUCUCGGGAUUGCCGAGUCGGGCGCACGCGGCUACGUGCUGGAGACUUUCGAAGGGCACUUCCUGUUGCCUGAACUAGGACCCAUCGGCUCCAAUGGGUUGGCGAACCCACGCGACUUUGAAUCACCGGUGGCAUGGUAUGAGGACCGGGACGUACCAUAUACGGUCCUGACGAAGUUUGGCGGGAAACUCUUCUCUUCUGCCAUGGACCACUCCCCGUUCGACGUGGUGGCCUGGCACGGCAACAUGACGCCUUACAAGUACGACUUGCGGAAGUUCAUCUGCAUCAAUUCCGUUUCGAAGGACCACCCGGACCCUUCCAUCUACACCGUUCUGACGUGCCCGUCCGCGGCAACCCCCGGCGUGGCCGUCGUCGACUUCGUCGUGUUCCCGCCACGCUGGAUGGUGGCGGAAGGCACCUUUCGGCCACCAUGGUAUCACCGGAACACCAUGACGGAGUUCAUGGGCAUGGUAUGGGGGAAGUAUGACGCGAAACAAGGUUUCUUGCCGGGGGGCUCUAGCCUUCAUCCUAGCAUGAGCGCGCAUGGACCCGACGCCGCAACUUUUAUCGGGGCCUCGGACGAAAAAAAGGCGCCUCUUCCUGUGAAGUUUGACAAGGGACUCGCGUUUAUGUUCGAGACGAAGUACCAGCUGAAACUGACAGCGUCCGCGACGGAGGGGAAACACCGCGACCAGGAAUACCUCGAAUGCUGGCGUCACUUACUUGCCCAAGAACUUCACCCCAGAUGCCAAGUGAAACCGUUCAUGGCUCUUUCGAGCUCGGGGAAUGCAGUAGAGCUUGUCAUCAAUUUUGAAUUUUCCUUUUCUUCGCGAGGGAGGGUACCAAGAAUGGCGUGGACAGAACUUUGA